GUCUAUACACUAAAAUCAAAUAUUUUUCUUAUCUUAGAAUAAAUAUAUCAUAAAAUAAAAAAUCUAAAUAAAAUAAAAAAUUUUGAAAAUUAAUAUCUCUAUAAAUUAAUAAAAUUUCAAAUUCAUAAUUAUUAAUUUAUAGAGGUUCUAGUGUACAUAAUUUAGUUAUGAUAAAGAUACAGUGGUAUCAUGCCUCAUUCUUAAUUAAUAAUUAGUAUUCAAUGUGUCAUAUAUAUAUUCCUUAACGAAUAUAGAAAAUUGAAGGAUGUUCAAAUUAAAAAUCCAUAUAUGGCAAUGCUAAUUUAAGUCUCAUUAUUGCUCAUAAAUUAAUCAGUAUAAUUUAGGCAAAAUGUAUUUAUGCAAAAUUGGGUAUGAAAUAUUACCAAAUGGCCAACAGUUUUCCAAGGUUAUAUACGCGAAGAUAUAAUAUACAUAUAUAUAUAUGAUUGGGCCAACCUUUAAUUUAAAUUAAUAUAAAGAACUAUUAUGAUUUACAGUACGACCAUAUCAAUUAUAUAAUAUAAUUAUUUUGUAUAUAUUUAUAUACAUAAUAUAAUUAUUUUUAUAGACAAUGCGAUCAUAUCAACUAUAUAAUUUUAAUGUUUUGUAUAUAUAUUUAUAUAACUAUUAUAUAUUUAUUUUUUUGCUAUAUAGUACGACUAUAUCAACUAUAUAAUAUAAUUAUUUUGUAUAUAUUUAUAAAUAUAUAAGUUUAUAUCAAGGCAGCUUAUAUGGACAUUGUAAACAUGUUAUAUCUAAGUUUAAUAUACAAACAUAAUCAUGAUAAAAAAUCGUUGAUGCAACUAAUGAUUACAAAUUUCUAAUAAGAUAGGUUUAUAACAAUGGCAAUACAUGUAAUUAUUCUAGUAAAAAAUGAUUUUUGGUUAAAGGAUGUAAGAAGAGCUUUUGUGAUGACACGUAGGAAAUGACGUUUUGGUUAAUAACACAUGAGUGCAAAGUUAAUUUAUAGAAGUAUUCCUCUUUUAAUAUAAAUAAAAAGGAUUGUCCGCCUUGCCGCCUAACAAGUGAUAGAGAAAUUUAUGUUCUUUUUAGGGUGGGUAGACAAUUUAUUUCCCCACAAUGUCAAUAACUAUCAUCUAUCAUCAGAUCUCCACCAAACUAUGAUCGUUUGUUAGACUAUUUAAAAUGAAAGUUGCAAAUUUAUUGAACCCUUAAUUAAUAGUUUAAAAUUUUAAUUAACCAUAAACCACUAGUUUUAAUCGGUUUACUCUUAACCAAAAUAAUUUAAAAAUAAAUUAAACUAAACAAAAUUCAAUUUUUAUAAUAAAAAAAUGAUUAUCAUCUCUUAUGGGUUUCUUCUUCCAAAUCAUCGUCAUAGCCAACCAAAAAAAAAAACAGUGUGGUGAAGGUCAGCAUCGUUUAUCCUCAAUCGAAGCUCGAAUUUACCUUGACCUUCCAUGGCCGACCACUCGAACCCCCUUUCAAAACCCUGACGCCAUCUCCGCCUACCACCAAACUCGAGCGGCGCAUCACGGUGUCACUACAAGCGGCUAGCUAGCUCAGGCUCAGGCCUCCUUGGAGUAGCCUACGUCAUCCAUGUCUGAUCUCGGGAAUGAGAAGCCGUUUAAUGUAAUUGAUGAGUUCAACGGCUGAAGAAAACAGUCGGAUCUUGUGGAAGCCGUCGCAGCUACCCGAGCUGCUGUUAUUCGUGGGAGUGAGGCUACCACUAUGAUGGAGCUUGAAAUUGAGCUCAAAAGGCUUCCGAUACACUAAAUGUGAACUUCACUGUAGAAAAGAUUUGAUAUUUAUCAUCUAUCUAUUCUUUGGUGAUGGCAAAAGACAACUUGUGUGUUCUGUUUCGGUUUUGUUGUUAGUCAUGGGACAAAACUAAUUUUGCAACUUAAGACUUCGCUGUAGAGACGUCAUCGAGGGUGACGUUAGUGAAGAAGAAGAAGAAAAGCAUAUGAAAAAAUGAUAAUUUAAGAAAAAAAGAAACAUUAUAUAUGCAGAUUUGAUUUUUUUUCUUGGUUUAAUUGAUCUUAAAUUGUUUGAUUAAGAGUAAACCGAUUAAAACUAGUAAACCGAUUAAAACCAUUGGUUUAUAGGUAAUCAAGUUUUGAACGAUUAAUUUAAGGAUAAAUAAAUCUGUAAAUUUCAUUUAGUGGAGAUUUAGCAUAAGGGCAUAUAAGGGCAUAGUUUAAUGAAGAUCUGAUGUUAUAUGAUACUAGUUAUUAUGGAAAAAUAAAUCAUCGACCUUUUUAAAGUUUUUCAAUUGUUAUCACCACGUGAUAUUAUUUGGGGUUUCUGUAACAAUUUUCCCAAAAAUCAGAGAAAUCAUUAACCCUACUCUUGUCUAAACCAUUCUUUUCUAAUCCUCUUCGAUCGAAUCAUGGUCUUCCUUGUGUAUACUCCGACGAACAUAAAUCUUAUUUGAUUUAUGUAAUGCCUGACCGCUCACGACUGAUAGAUUAUUCAUCCACGCUUUUUCAUUCGAUUCGUGGGCUCCAUUCCGUCUAAUGAAUUAUGUGUUAAUUUUUUUGAAAGCGCGGUUUUAUUGUAUUUUUACUAUGUAAUCACCAUAUUAUUUUUUUCGUGCUUUGGCCUCAUUUACAUGAAAAUUAUUUUUUAAUAGUUCAUCUAUUUUUUUACUACUCCAGUUAAAACUCGUUUAGUUCUAGAAUUCUAAAUAAAUGUGUACCAAAAAAAAUAAAUGUAUUUUGGCGAUAUAUAUAGCCAAAUCAAUUUUUUAAGCUUUUUAUUAUAUACGAGAAUUUGAAAUGUUGCAUUUCAUUCACAAGCACCAUGAAUGAAGAUGCUUUACACAUAUUCUGUUAAAAGCAACAAAACAAAAACGGCUCUAUCCCUAUUUUUAUUAUAAAGCAAAAUAACUUUAACCAAUAAAAUAUUAAAAGUUGCAAAUGGCUUCUAGAAAGAUUCAUGUGGGUAGAAUAAUAUGUGGCAUAGAAUGCAAGUAAGAUUUAAGUGGGUAGAAUAAUAUGUGGCAUAGAACGAAGUGAUAAUUGAAAAGCCUACAGUCCCCUAAAAAGUCAUAAACACGUGCUUUGGUAAUAAUAGCCUUUACUCCAGACUUGAAAUUUUCAAAGCAACCAAUCAAAAAGUAUUUUCUCUUCGUCUUUUUCCAUUAUCAUUUCUCAGUGUCCAGAGAGAAUCACAAUGGAGGCUUCUCAAGAACCUCACCUUCCAAGUUACAUGAAAGACGACAACGUUAGCCAGGAAACCAAGAACUUGAUAUCUUCUCUUCCCUCAGACAAAGAUUUUAUGGGUUACAGUCUGUACAACUACAAAGGUUGUUGGUACUAUCCCAACACACUCCAAGCCGUUCUUGACGUCCAAGAGCAUUUCCAGCCACGAAAGAAGGACAUAAUCCUUGCUUCUUUGCCCAAAGGUGGUACAACUUGGCUCAAAUCUAUAGUCUUUGCCGUUUUACAUAGAGAAAAAUACCGCGAAAAUCCCCAAACACAUCCUUUGCUCUCACAAAACCCUCAUGACCUUGUCCCAUUUCUUGAGAUUGAGCUAUACGCUGGUAGCCAAACUCCUGAUCUCACAAAGUUUCCCUCUCCUAUGAUCUUUUCUACACACAUGCACUUGAAUACAUUGCUUGAAGCCACCACAAAGUCUUCUUCUUCUUCCUCGCCUUGCAAAAUCGUGUACGUGUGUAGAGGUAUCAAAGACACGUUUGUCUCCGCUUGGCAUUAUAGGAACAAGUUGCAUCGCACCGAGAUGGAUCAAGCCAGUUUUGAGCUCAUGUUUGAUGCUUACUGUAGAGGAGUUCACUUAUACGGACCCUACUGGGAGCACAUAUUGAGCUACUGGAAAGGGAGCUUAGAAGAUAAGGAGCAUGUCCUAUUUAUGAAGUAUGAAGAGAUCAUUGAGGACCCUCGCCUUCAAGUCAAGAGACUCGGUGAGUUCUUGAACUGUCCAUUCACCAAGGAGGAAGAAGAGAGUGGAUCGGUGGAGGAGAUCGUGAACUUGUGUAGUUUGCGUAAUUUGAGCAGUUUGGAGAUUAAUAAGAAUGGGACAAUAAGAGUUGGUGUAGAUACUAAUGUGUUUUUCAGGAAAGGUGAAGUUGGUGACUGGAAGAAUCAUCUCACUCCUCAAAUAGCGAAAACUAUAGACGAGAUCGUUGAGUCUAGACUGCGAGGCUCGGGUUUGAUAUUUCAAUAAAGUUGUGUUAUGCUCUCUUUCUUUACACAUUAAAAUUUCAGCAAAUAAAGUUAUGUGUUAUGUUCUUGACUUGGAACUUUCAUGCGUGGUUUGGGUUUGCCAUUUCAAUAAGGUUUUGUGUUAUGUUGUUGUCUUUAAAUGAGCAGACAUAAAGGUUAAGUCUAAAGG